UCUUUGCGCAGGCGCAGUGCCAUGUAAACACAACAGUUGCGGUUGGUUGUGCGUGUUAUCAGUAGCAAGUAUCGUUGGCUAGGUUGAGUUUGAACCCUAGUAAUUUUAUUUCGAUUUAAGAGUGCAAUAGUCCCGAAAGGGAGUAAAAAUUGUACUGCGUGCUGUAGUUAGCUAACAUAUGAUAAGAGGAUUCCCGUUAGCUUGCGGUGACGUUAGCAUUAGCUUGGAACCAAUGAUAAAGCGCUUUAGGACAGGCUUGUUAACUACCUAGCUCGUCAACGCCUGAUCUUUUUUGUUGUCAGUUAACGUUACGUCGAAAUUUUUGUGUGGUUUAUCACUCUAACUGAUGUCUUUGGCACUGUCACUGAAAUGGAAAACUGUAUCGCAUUGUUAUUCAGCGUAAUUAGCUAAUCAGGCAAAGUUAGCUAAACUAACAGGCCGUCGACUGACAGGAAACGAGCUCCGUUAACCAGCAAAUAUCGCCAGCCAGCCGGCUCCUCCUGUCUGCUCAGAAGAAAAUAAAAAGAACCUCCUCGUUUAGGUUGCUCAAGUGUUAUCAUAUGUUGACUGAAAGCAGGAAACGGCAGCACAGUGGUGGUGAUGAGGAGAAUGGCCACCUGGUGCCCCAAGCCAAAAGGCAGACCAGAGCACAUCCCCUCUCUCCUGAGCCUGGCCGUGAUGCCUGGGACUCUGAGUCAUCCAACAGUGAGAGCAGCAGCAGCAUCAGCAGUCCUGAACGUGCAGCUGGGAGCUGCGUCAGUCAGUGUGCUCAGGGCCCCUACAGUCCGCUUAGUGUGGGCAACUCUUUGGAGCCCACGAACCCAGUGUCCUACCUGCAUAUCAACCGCAUCCUGAAGGAGGCCCACUUCCAGAGCCUUCAAAACCGAGGUCACCUGAGAGACACAUGACGACAUAGCGUCCCUCUGUCUGCCGCCAGAGGACUGAAGCCCUGAGACAAGUAUGAGUAUCACAUGCUGAAUCACUUCACACAGCUCUUCCCCACCCAUCUCCAGUAACUGUGGUAUGUCACAGCUCUAUAGAUGUGUGGAUGGAGACCAGCAUCUGGUCAUGUAUCUGAGGAUGGUUCAUCAUUAAAAUUAAUCAUAAUGAUAAUCAUUUUAGCAAUAAUAACUGUGAUCAACAACCAUUCUUUUGAUCCACUUAUUUUCCGACCAGUCUGGUUUACGUGCUUCUCCGGGAGCCUUAUUGUGACUAGAUGAUGAUGAUGAUGAUGAUGAAUCUAUGUAUUUUGUCUUAAAUGUUGUGUGAAAACAAAACGAGCUGCCGAAGUGGCACCGUACACAAUUUUAGGCUGGUCAGUGUGACUGCUUUAGGCUUCUAGUAGGGUAAUGGGGGUUGUAAAAUGCUGAAUCAGAUGUCUGUGUAAGUACAUAGACCAGUCUCAGGGAGGAUUUGCACUUGUCUUGGACUGCUCAUUUGCUUUCAUAUUCAGACAGGGACUACUUCAUGGGGGGCUGUAGAAACCAUGGGUGUUAACUUGGCAAAGGACGAGAUGUUUUCAACCCUUACUUAGUAAAUCAGGUAUCUAAAUGUUUUGUAAAUGCAUCUCAAUCAAACGUGUUAGUUGGGUCACAGAGAAGGUCACAUUUUGAAGGAUUGAUAACACUCCACCACAGAGAAUUUCCAACAGUUUGACUGGUAAAAUAUUUUCAGUGCGUUCAUUCUUGUGUUCAUUUUCACAUAGUUUAAUUUACUUCUGAUUUUGACAUUUACCAUGUGUGGAUCACUUGAAUCAUAUUUUUGGUUAGUUCAUGUUAAUCAUAACAAGAUACUGAAUUUAAAAAAAAAAAAAAAAAAAAAAAAAAAAAAAAAGAUGGACCAGUGCUUUUGCUUUUACUUUUUUUUUUUUUUUUUUUUUCCAAUUCAAUGGCGUUUAAGUCCAUUUGUGGAACGUGAUAUGUACUGGAGAGGCAGGGAAAUGACAUGAAAACCACCAGAAUAGCCUCCUGGCCACCAUGGGAGCUAGGCUAAGGUUGGUAAUUGCAAUUAGACCUAAAAUAAUAUAGCUAUGUAUUGCAAGCUUUUGAAAGUUAUCUGAUAAGAUUGGUCGAUCACUCAGCCCUUAAUGCAGACUGUGAAUCAUCUAUAAUAAGGUGCACUUGUAAUUAUAAUGUUACUGUUUUAAAUAACGACUGGAUGAAGCCAUUUCCAAAUGAAUAACAAUCAAAAGGGACAGUGGGAAUGCUCUUAUUUGUCUAUAUUAUGUUUUUUCUUAUAAUAAUGACAAUAGAGACUGGUUGGUAUAAAAUUGAGUGGACAAAGCUGACUAACAAAAACACAAGAGUACUUUUGAUUAUUGUGAGUUGAGCUCAGGCGAAGUAAAGAUAAUUUUAGUGUUUUGUGACCAUGGAAAAGUGAUCCAGUAUGAGUUACCUUUUAUCUCGUGACCACAAAGAGAAAUCCAAACAGUAAUAACACCCAUUAGCUCUACAGCCUUCCAGAUGUCUUACUUUCUCAGUUGUUUUUUUUCUUUCCUUUAUUGUACAGGGGGAUGGUGCAUUUGAGGGACAGCUAGUUGUUUCUGUCCAGACAGAGUUGCAGUGCAGCCUUUUAGGUUUAAAAAAAAGAAGAAAAAAAAAAGGCUUGUACUGCAAUUAUUACUGGAGCCACUAAAGAGCAGAUAGUUUUUCUGCCUGUGAACUACCAUUCAGAUAUUGCUGCAUGAGUGUCCCUCUGCACCAAACAUCCAGGUGGGUUUCUAACAUCCUGUUGGGAUUGAUUUAUUUGAAUCAUUGUCCCAGGAGUAAACUCAGCCGUGGUUUUUGUUUUAUUUUAAUUUUAAUUUUUUUUUUAACUGUCAUGGCAGAAAUGAAAGCCUUUUGAAGAUGUGGUUUAUUUUUGUUCAAUUUUAUAUUUUUUCUAUAUUAUAUUUAGUAAUGUACAUGAUAUUAAUGUGGCACUGAUUCUUUUGUGAAUAUCCCCUCAUUUCAUAAAUAAAAUUUAUUGUUUUUUCAA